AGCGGCAAAAAAUUAGAGGUCUUGGAAUUAGAUCCGCUGAUUCUACAAACGGCGAAUUCCAUUGUUGAGUUGUCACGAUAUAGAUUGAGUAUAAUAGCAAAAAACCUUACCAAUCUUUUGGAAGAGAUUUCACAGCCUUCGCCGACGGCCCUAGAUGAACUUUUCCCAUACGAAGUUAUGCAAUCUCAAUUAUUUAUCCUAAAAAUCAUGUCAGCAUGUAUGACACAUCAUUGGAAGUGUUAUCGGGGAACGCAGAAAGAGAAUGAUACCACGAUAAAAUCCCCCACUACACAUUCGGAAUUACCACCAGUUUCUCCUGCAUCAACUGCACCGAAAUCAUGGGACGAUCCGCCGCCACUAGAUGAUUCAUUAGCAGGACAUAUUUUAAAUGUGCUAUCGAGGUUCCUUCAUCAAAUGGCUAAUCUGGAGGAUAACAAUCCGAAUUUGCAAUCAAAUGGAGUGCAAAACUCUAACGGCCACAAUCAAAGUUCAGCACAAUCUUCAGCCAUAUAUGAUAUUGUGUGUGACAUAUUUAAAAACGCCGGUCGUGUGAUAUUUUAUAUUAGUGCAUCAAACUGGAAUAUCGUCUUCUCCAAGAUCAGAAGUCGAAUCAAGUAUUUAACUACCACGAAUGAUGAAUGGCCUGAUACCUCUGAAUUGAAAUUGUUGGAGGUAUCGGAUUUAAAUUCAAAGAGAUUGUCAAUGGUUUUGCAAGCGACGGUGCUACGAAAAGCCAUAUGGAAUUGGAUUGAAGUGUUUCCAGCGGAAUUCGUCACACUUUGCCAGUCACAAGGGCGUAUGGAAGGAGGACCCGAGAUACUUUUUGAUAUGUGUAAUAACUCAGCUGAUAAUAGUAAAACUCGCAAGGCUGCUUUCUGGCCUUUACAAAUUAUGUUACUGAUUUUGUGUCCGGAUAUUUUACUUAACGCUGCUAUGGAUAAGGCGGAUUUUAGACCAGCUCGUCCCACACCUAGAGCCCAAUUUUUAGAAAAUUUAAGAAAACAAUUACGAGGAAAGACUUUUGCCGAUGUUGCGGCCAUAUGUUAUGUGGAUAUUUGUAAGGCUUCGACGUACAUUAACACGCACGAUUCUCUAACCCUGAGGACGAUUGUUCCUGAUAUUGAGGAUGAAUUGAAGGAUAAAUUGUUCGAACCCGAAAAGCCAUUUCCAAGUAGCGACAACGUAGAUCAACAAUUAAUGACCGAUUGCCUGAUAGCCUUGUUUCGACUGAAUCCAAAGGAAACGUUGUCCACUUUGGUGCCUAUUUGCUUGCAUGAAAAUGCACCCGGUGCCUUCAAAUUGGUGCUUGUAAGGAGCUGCAAUACUAUUGCCUCAGAGGAAAAUCGCCUGCCAUGGAGUCCACAAAUUUCAUCGAUGCGUUCAAAGUUGGCGUCACCGUUAAGAAAAUUAUUCCAGGACCUAAUGGCGAAUCGUAAUAAGGUUAAGAACAAGAGGGCGAUAGAAAAUUCUGAAAUAAUCUUGAACUUGUUAAAACUAUAUCGAUCUGAUCCAAAAUUGGCUAUAGCGGGGAAAGAGACGAAUGAAAAAACAAGUGAAAACCAAUCAAUAAUUUUGGGAAUUACUGAGUGUUUAAAUGAUGCCAACAAUUUAAUUAAAGUUACUGCAACCGAGACUCUAAUAGAACUUCAUAAAGUCGAACAUAUUGAGUUAUGGGGCGCACCAUUGCAAAAUUUCUGGAUUAUAAGCUCUCAGGUCACUCUUGCAGUUGCGAAACAAAUCUUGGAUGUAAAAGAAAAGGACGAUGGUCCUAGAUACAUGCUGGAUCUGUUAUGCCAGCUAUUAACUCGGCGCAAUGAAUUCCUAAAAAAUCACAAGGAUGAACCUCUCAAGUGCAACAAUGUUCCCGAUCGCCUAACAUCGAAUAUUCAUCUAGAAACUGCUUGCUUGGUCUUAUUAUGUUCUUCGGAUUUGGAGAUUUGUUCAAUGGCGUUAGAAUGUUUUAGCCUCAUGUAUCAAGAAGCCCUGUUAACCACAGAGAGUUUUGCAAACGAUGCAGAAACUUCGGAAUUACCGCCACCACCGCAAAUGACAAUUGUCGAGAAUAUUCAGGUAUACAAAGAACUAUCCAUAAAUUCUACGGUGCUAUUCGGUAGAAUGGCACAGCAAAGGCGUAUUCGCAAAUUAUUGAGAAUGAUGGUGAAUCCAACCCCCGGUAAUCUUGGAGCAUGGGAAGAGGCAUUGAAUAGGUGGAAGGCCUUAACUCUGGUGAUAGCGAAGCCAACCGAAGAUCAAAUUCCUGGAUCUACCAACGUCAGAAGGUUCUUUGUUCCUCCUAUUUCCAGGUCACAAAUUCAGACCACCACUCCCGGGUUGUCCGAGGAUCAGUCCACCGAGUGGAGCUAUUACACCCGAUUUCUCGCAGCGUUAGGGGGCUGCUGCAUUCAGGACAAAUUCAUAAAUGCGUCGCGUAGGACAUCCACACCGCACGCAAAUGAUUAUCAUUCUAUGGUUGAGAAAUAUGUACAAGAUAUGGUGGAUUUGUUGGUCUGCGACAGUAGCUUUGUCCGCGAGAAUGUUAAGGAGACCCUUGGAACUGAAUUAAGUCCGAAACUAUAUGUGAUACUUUUUAAUCAUCUAGAAUCCAUAGUGUCAAGAUUUUUCGAAUCUGCCAAUCCGAGUGAACGAUACACAUUGUUCGUGGAUCAAUCUAUAUCUGUGCUGAGGUUAAUUUUAGAGCGAAUUUUCGAUACUUCGGAUAAUUUAUAUAUUUGUGAUAUCGGCGGGUUGGUCCUUUCAUUCGCAAAGUAUCUGAGCAGACUGGGCGCCGGUAAUAAUGCGCUAAAGAUUAAAAAACGAAUGUGUCAGUUGACCGAAUUAUUGAUGGCUAAAAAGGAAUUUGUGAGUCUUCGGCAAGAGAUAAAACUAAGAAACCUUUUGAUGGAGAUCAUCAUUGAAUGGACUUCCGAUUACUCAAUGAAAACUGAUUCCUCGAGUUCAAACGAAAGUAUAUCAAACAAAAAUGAAAGACUGCACCGAGAGUUGGAUCAAGCGUGUUUGAAAACGAUAGUCGAGUUGCUGUAUCAACUGCCUUUACAGCCAAACGAAAAUAUCCAUGAUACUGACUUGAGUCAAACCAAAUCUAAGCUAUUCGUCAAAUAUUUUACUUUCUUCAUAAAAUUAUUAAAUCGAUGCCGCAUAUUGGAGGCCAUCGAUAGUGGGACACACUCCGCGAAGAACAACCAGGAUUUACAGAUGCUGCUCUCAAAGUCCAAGGAAUAUGUCAAAGAUCUUGGACCAUUAAAAGAGAGCACGAUUUCGGCAUUAUCAAACCUCUUGAGCGCAAAUGUUCUCAGAAAUAUCCUUCAUCAAGGAAUUGAAUUUGAGGGUUUAGGAGAGAACGCCAUGAAAGAUCGUUACGAAAGACUUGUCGAGACCAUCGUAACUUCCGAUUUCGAUAUUGCCUUGUCAAUUUGCGAUGCGUGUGAUGCUGCUCGCGUGAUGACAGCGAUUUUUGACUCCCGUGAUAGGUUACUAGACCUAUUGAAGGCGGCACUCGAUAGAGACAUCAUAAACCCUGCCGAUGUCUUCAAGCAUACAAAUAAGACUACAAAAUUACUGUCCCUGUUCGUUAGAUCACAAGGUACUGAAUAUCUUAGGGAAACGUUACAGCCUGUUGUGAAUGAGAUUCUUUCGAAACCAAGCGAUUUUGGCGUGGAGAUAAAUCCUGACAAGAUUGCCAAAGCUUUCUUGGAUGCCAUCUGUUCUUCCGCCGACAUCAUGCCUAGAUUUUUCACUCCUGCAAUAGCUUCACCGGAUACCGAAAAUCUUUGCAAACCCAUUGAAACUGUCAAGCUAAGGCAAAUAUUUGUGGCGAGUGCAAGAAUCAUACAAUCCUUGGCGAAUAUACGAGAAGGUGUGACGUUCGGAGGUCGAGAUAGACACAUGAAUGAGAUGAAUGGAUUCUUUCAAGAAAAUCUAGAAAAGAUGAAUGAAUUUUUGCGAAAAAUCUCGCAAUUGCCAGUCUCGACGCCGUCGUCAGAACUAAAAUCAGCUGGAGCAACGCCGACCGCAAGAAUAUUAGAAGAUUCUGAUUAUAAGGAACUGCACAAGCUUUUAGCCACUCAUCAGGAAAAGAUAUCUAGAGAUCUGCAAAAUCGGAGACUCAAAUAUGUAAUGUCAGGAAAUUUGGAUGGCGAGCAAGCGAUUAAACACGCUUGGGACAAAAUAUCAACAAUAGUGGCUCAACUAGAUCCACCAUUGGAAACUCCGAAGAAAGAAUCAAUAAGCGUCACAACUCAAUCUUUUGCAAACAAUAAUCAUUUCUACCAAGAGUUCAUGAGAAGAAACAUGAAUCGUGUCACAGAACCCGUUGUAUCAAAGGCCAUAUUUUACGAAGGCGGUUCUUCGAAAGCACACAGACCGGUUUUCUACUAUAUCGCGCGUGAACUUGAAUCCGAAGCUACCGAUAUGGAAAUUUUAAUGUAUCACGUUCUCAACACCAUCAAAUCACGCAUGAAUGGGCCGUUCGAAGUCUUGGUGGAUCUGACACAAUUCGGCCCGUCCAAUGAAAUACAAUUGCAAUGGGUACAUCAAUUUAUACAAAUAUUCCCAUUCGAUGCCGUCGAAAAUCUUUCGAAAUUGUAUUUAUACAACACCAACACGGCCUUCAAGAAAUUUGCAAAAAAACUUUCACGUCCCUUGUCGCACCAGAUAUCAAAGAGAAUGAUAUUUUGUUGUUCUCUAAAUGAACUCCACGAGUAUAUUGCACCACCCGAUGUGCGACUUCCGCAAACAACAUUACUACUUGAUGCAAGAAAAUCUCGUUCCAUCUUCUCUCCGGUGAAUAGAAUUUCCCAUUAUCGAGUGCAAGUUCCCGUGACCAUUAAGAUAUGCAAUGAAUAUAUUCAGAUCACAACGCAAAGAAGACAAGAAGUUAUCAACGGGUUAAGCUGUCAAUUAAAUGACGUUUAUCACGUCUCUGAAAUCGAUGAUGCGAGUAAUUCUCAUAAAAGUGAUGAAGGCGAGUUCCUGAUCAAACUAAAUCAUGGUAGGCCAUCGCUUUCGUUUACAAGUCCCAAAAGAGGCGACAUCCUGCAGGCGAUUAGAUCUUCGAAGGCUAGGUAUCAAAUGGUGAAACCGACAAGCAUUACCGAAAGGGUCAUUCGUCCUAACAGCGUGCCUGGUACACUGUUGAACAUGGCCUUGUUAAACAUCGGAAGCGAAGAUCCGAACUUGCGAUUGGCGGCAUACGACCUAUUGGUUUCUUUGAGCCUCAUCUUCAAUUUUGAUGUGGGCAAUCAAUUACUCAGCACCAAGGGACUUUGCAUCCCGGUGAAUAACAACACUUUCGUCGUUAAAUUAAGUGAAAGGCUUGCCUCAACUGAAACACAUAUCACUUUGGAGUUUCUGACGGAAUUCUUUGAUGGUUUCUCCAAAUCGAGCUCGGCGCAAAAACAUCUAUGCCUUCAAUACAUGAGUCCGUGGCUUAAAAAUCUUUCAUUGUUUUGCAGAAAUGGAUCGGAAAACCAGAAUAACAUCAAGAACACAAGGGAAAUAAUAAAGUUAUUAAUUGAUAUGACCACCAAGGAAACCGAGUUAUACACAGCGAUUCAGUCGAACGUUUGGAAUACGUUAAAAGGGGUCGAUGAUAUUACAAACAUAAUAAUUGAUGAGUUCAUAAAGUAUGCGGUAGACCAUGGCAUAAGCUCCGCCCACGCCGAGACGGUUGCCAACACGAUUGUCACAUUGUCGUCGGUUAAUGUUCGCGGAAAAAUUGUUUCCAGGCUUCGUAGGGUUAUCUUGCGAACCUCCUCGUCGAAGACGAAAAAUCUCACAGACAACCCGGCGUGGACUGAGAUUGCAGUUUUAAUUCGAUUCAACCUCAUGUUAUCUUUUAAUAAUCACGACUACAUCCAGUUGUAUCUUCCAGAAUUAUUUCACAUAAUUUCCCUUCUCAUCGCGACUGGACCUCCCCUCAUAAGAGCUUCGGUUCACGGAUUGAUAGUCAACUUGGUGCAAUCUUUAUGUACCUCUCAACAUCUUGGAGAAGAAAAUCACAAACGAUUGACGAUACUACUGACGGAAUUGUCCGAACCUAGUUUUUAUUAUUUCUUUGGUUUAAAUCAAACCUCUGGCAAUGCAUUUUUCAUAUCACCAGAGUCCACGCGCAAUUUAACAGACGCGAUGCCUCUAAAUUCUUUGGAGACAGUAGUUCAAGCACUCCUGGAAGUUAUCAUAUGCGGUGCAUCUUCUACAGAUGUUUCCAAUGCGUGGCGAGCUCGUUGGAUGGGACUCGUUGCGAGUACAGCAUUCCAAUACAACCCUUCGAUACAACCGAGAGCUUUUGUUGCACUUGGUUGCCUGGCCCGAGAAGAAGUUGAUGAUGACCUGCUGUAUCAGAUUCUGGUUACUCUGAAGACGGCACUGAGCGCAUUCUCAGAAACGGAAUGCUCGCUAAUAAUUAGCAUAGUGAUGUGCCUCACGAAAAUAGUCGAGAACCUGACCGAGAAGUCAAAAUAUCUGAGACAAAUAUUUUGGUUAGCGAUGUCUCUCACGCAGAUAGGACACACACAAAUAUUUCAGAACGCUGUUAACUUGCUAAUUGUCGUCUUACGGUCGUUCGAUACUCAUGGUUUCUUUGCACACGAAGACAUCGCCACAGUUCUUUUAAGCUAUCGAGAACCUUUACAAGAAGUAGCCGAUGAGAUGGAUAAAGAGAAUGGGAUUAAUUAUAAACAUUUUUCGUUUGCGGUAGCAGCCGCAUUACUGAAAGGAUUAAAGAAUCACUCAACAAAAGCAUCCGCAAUGACGGUGCUAAAGCUAUUCCUGGAAAUAACUUUUAAAGGGUUAGAGACCAGAGAGCAGAAUCUAAUUCAUUCAUCUAUGUUGGGAUACCUGGCUGCCUGUCUACCGAUGUCGGCGAAGACCGGAGAAAUGAAGGAGUUACUGUGGUUGUGUGGAGUUUUUGACAUGGAAUUUGAAAACACCGAACUUUUAACAAACUAUUAUCCGAUAAUGGAUAGACUCGAUAUUCCGGACAAUCAGACAGCAUUGCUGUUGGUAUCCUUGAUGGUCACACUUCUUCAGAAUGCGGAAAGUGAACCAGAGCGAUUGUUCUUGUACGGAUUCUUGGCAGAAGCGGCAAUAAAUGUGCCUGAAGUCUUCGCUUUGGUCUACGACGUACUUCAACCAAAGAUGAUGCAAGUAGUUUCGACCAGUAAUACUAUAACUAUAUUAGAUUCGAUACAGCAGAUUUUGAUUACCGUUGUAUCCGAGCCUCAAUAUAUAAUGACAAGGGGAGAUCAUAUGUCUUAUCUGGAGGAGAUCGGAUUCAAACAUUUGAUGGAUACGGGUUCAUUUCAACCUGCAACCAGAGAGAAGAUGAAGUUAAACGCAAAGCUGGCGAGUAGACUA